AAGUCAGGACUGGUUGUCUGGAUCAAAGAGGACCAGCUGGGGGGCAGGGGUGGGAAUGAGACUCCUGCCCCCCAUCAGGCUGCAUGGGGCUGGGGACGGAAAAGAAAGCCUAGGAAACUAGGACGCCUGUAAUUCAGCUUGAGCUGGGUCCUGUGGGAGGUUUGGGGGCCCAGGCUCCUUCAGGAAGGGUGGCACGUGAGGUCUGCUGAGGACAUGCCAAGUAGAACCCUGGCCCUGUGUGAGGUGGGCCUUGGUUGCCAGGUGACUGUCCCAGGGCAGCCACCUGCUGGCAGAAGGACUCUGCUUGCUGUGUUCACUCCUUGGUUGCAUCUACCCUGGUACUGGGCCAGUCUUCCCUUGCUAAUAUGUCGCGGCAGCUCAACAUGGAUACGCAGCGGCAAAAUUUCUGGAAGGAGGAAUAUCUCAGGGAAAAGAUGUUGCGCUGUGAAUGGCACCACAAGUACGGGUCCUUGGUGAGGGCCAAGCAGAAGGCCAAGGCUGCAGCCCGCCUGCCCCUCAAACUGCCCACCUUGGCCUCUGAAGCCCCACCCUCACCCCAACCUGUCCCCAAAGCAGUCCCUUCCAAGGCUCCCAGCCCUGUCCCAGAGGCUUCUUUUCAGUCAGAAAUGUACCCAGUACCACCUGCCACCCGGGCCCUGCUGUAUGAAGGCAUCUCCCACGACUUACAGGGGCGCCACCGCUACCUCAACACCCGAAAACUGGACCUGCCGGAGACGCGCUACCUCUUACCCAUCACCACCAACUUCACAUACGGCUGGCAGCUGGGCCCUCCAGUGAAGCAAGAACUGGUCUCCUGCAAGAUGUGCCGUAUUGAGUCUUUCUUCCGCAAGAACGGGGCCUUCGCCCUGCUGGACCCCCGGGACCUGGCCCUUUGACCCGGGCAAGGCAGCGG